AUGUGCGGCCACAGCAGCUGGGCCGAGCAGCCUUCAAGUAGCCCCAGCGGUCACGCCUUGAACGCGGAUGGCCAUAACCCACCCCCCUUCACCUCGCGUACGUCUUCAGCGAACUCACACGCCAAAGUGCGACCGGCCUCUCUGCCACAGCACCUGAGCACACAAUCAUUGGGACGAUCAGCACGUUUGUCUCCUCGAAACAGCAUCGACUCCGUUUCUCGGCGCCCACCGCUCGUCGACCGUGUCACAUCAUCUCGCUCGCUGUUUCUCCCCUCGAUCAACUACUCCUUGUCGCAUCAGACAGACGAGACGGAUGAUUGGCGGGCUACCGCAAUAGGAGUAACGCCUCUGGAUCGUACCAUGGACCGCAUCGGCAUGGGUCGAUACCAGUGGUCAGUGCUCAUCCUCUCUGGCUUCGGUUGGGCGGCAGACAACAUGUGGAUCCAGGCCAUUGCCAUCAUCCUCCCACACAUACAGCGGUAUUUCACUCUUUCCGAUGGCAUCGUGGGCUUGGCGAGCUCUUCAAUCUUUGUGGGCAUGUUUGUCGGCUCGAUAGCUUGGGGAACCAUCUCGGACUCGUACGGGAGAAGAGCGGCUUUCAACAUCACCCUCGCGGUCACGGCGAUCUUUGGUUCGUUAUCAGCUAUGGCUUCGAGCUUUCCGCUGCUAUGCUUGCUGCUGUUUGCAGUGGGCACAGGAGUGGGAGGUAGCAUGCCGACGGAUUCUUCCAAUUUGGUCGAGAACCUACCGGUGAGAAAGCAUAGCUAUGUCACGGCGUUGUCCGUGUUCUUCUCAGCCGGAUCGGUCGCGGCUUCGCUCAUUGGAUUGUCCGUUUUGUCAGCAAGCAAUCCUGAUGGCUGGAGGUGGCUCUUGGGUGCUUUGGCAUUCGUCACUGUGCUUUUUGUUUCGGCAAGGGUGGUGUUCUUUAGGUUGCUAGAAUCGCCCAAGUAUCUCGUACAUUCCGGUCGACCGCAAGAGGCGAGGGACAUUUUGCAGAGGAUACAGCGUUUUAAUGGUGGAGCUAUCAUUUCGCUCCGCAUACAGGAUGUAGAGGAUCAUAGUGGGUCUAGCGUGCGGCACGGAGGUGAAGACUUGGAGAGUAGUCAACACUCUUUGCAGCAACGACCUUCUCAGAACAAUGCAUCUCAGAGACACGGAGAGGACGAUGCAGGUCGAACUCCUUCGGAUGGUUCGCGGAACAGCUAUACAGUGGAUGAAGACGACGUGCAGACUGCUUCAGGUCAGGAUGCAUCUUCCCUACCGCUGCUUGGAGGCCAAGCUGAUGCAGCCAACGCACACGAAUCUCGGAAGAGCGACUCACAAGACAGCAGCAUGCGCAUACAGAAUGGCAGCGCCCCCUCGCAUCCGCACACCGACACAGCAGACCUACCGGCCUGGCUGUCGUGGCUGCCCAGGAGCUGGCAUCCGAGUGCCGCUGACUUGGCCUCACGAUACAGCGAGAUGUUUUCCCCCGAGUGGAAACGCACCACGCUGCUCAUCUGGAUCAUCUGGGGUGGCAUGUCGUAUGGAUUUACCACAUUUAACGUGCUCCUUCCAAAAUUACUAGAGCAACGCCACGACUUGCGCUCUGCACAGAGCGGAGCUGAGCCGGACGAUGCAUCCAUCCGACAUGCCCUUGUCGACAUCCUCGUCUACUCGCUCUCGUCGUUACCGGGCAGCUUGAUUUCGGCCUACAUGGUUGAAACGCGCCUGGGGCGCAUCGGCACCAUGGUCAGCUCGACGGCUGUCAUGUCCGCUUCCAUCCUCAUUUUUUCGCUCACUUACUGGCGGUCAAGCUUGACCGUGGUUUCCAUAUCAAGCUCUAUCUCGUACGCUGCUAUUUAUGGAUACACACCCGAAGUCAUGGCGCCUACUAUCCGAGCUACCGCGUGUGGCACGGCUUCGGCCAUCAGUCGAGUCACAGGCAUCAUUGCCCCCAUCUUGGCUGGUUGGGCUUUCUCACUCUCGCCUCCUGCCCCGCUCUUCCUCGCAACCACGGUGCUGCUUUGCGUGACCUUGGCUAUGGCAAUGCUGCCGAUCGAGACUCGCAGUCGUGCCGCUGAUACGUCUCAAGCUGAAAAUGGCGCUAGCGCUCACUGA